AUGGGGAUCCGUCCCUACUCCGGCAAGCAUGGAAAAAUCCUGCCCGGAAUUUUUCAAACGGAAAUGAAUGGAGGGGAGAAUCGUGGCGAGGGGUGUGUUGCAAGAGCGGUGAUGGACGUCCUGGGCGACCUGUUUCAGACAGACCCCGGGGAGAAGACGCGGAAAGUUUACCAGGGGCGGGUGGACGAAGUGAACGCGCUGGAGGAGAGCUGCAAGGGGAUGAGCGACGAGGGCCUGCGGGAGAGGACGGAGGGGAUGCGGAGGCGGGUGGCGGGCGGGGAGGCGCUGGAGGCCGUCCUGCCGGAGGCGUUCGCGGUCGUUCGUGAGGCAUCUAGGCGUGUUCUGGGCCUGCGGCCUUUUGAUGUGCAGCUCAUUGGAGGCAUGAUCCUUCAUGAGGGGAAGAUCGCAGAGAUGGCGACAGGCGAGGGGAAGACCCUGGUUGCUGUGCUGCCAGCCUUUCUCAACGCCUUGUCUGGGAAGGGUGUCCACAUCGUCACUGUGAACGACUACCUUGCGCGGCGUGACAGCGAGUGGGUGGGCCAGGUGCACCGCUUCCUGGGCUUGACCGUGGGCAUCAUUCAGCAGAACAUGCAGCCAGCAGAACGACGGGCUGCAUACAACUGUGACAUCACAUAUGUCACCAACAGCGAGCUGGGGUUCGAUUACCUCAGGGACAAUCUGGCGAUGACCAAGGAUGAGCUGGUGCUGCGCGAUUUCAACUACUGCAUCAUUGAUGAGGUGGACUCCAUCCUCAUCGACGAGGCCCGCACCCCGCUGAUCAUUUCUGGCUCUGCAGAAGCUCCCUCUGACAAGUACUACAAGUCAGCGCAGCUUGCUGGGGCGAUGACUCGUGACGUCCAUUACACAGUGGACGAGAAGCAGAAGAACACAUUGCUGACAGAGGAGGGAUACGAGGCAGCAGAGGACGUGCUGCAAGUUACCGAUCUGUACAACCCCAGGGAGCAGUGGGCUUCAUAUGUCAUCAAUGCCAUAAAGGCUAAGGAACUCCAAAUCAAGGACGUGAAUUACAUCGUCCGCGAUGGGGAAGUAAUCAUCGUGGACGAGUUCACGGGUCGGACGAUGCCUGGACGGAGGUGGAGUGAGGGAUUGCACCAGGCCGUAGAGGCCAAGGAGGGCCUCAAGAUACAGAACGAGAGUACUACCUUGGCGUCCAUUUCAUACCAAAACUUCUUCAGGACUUUCCCCAAACUGGCAGGGAUGACGGGCACUGCGGCUACUGAGGUCGCUGAGUUCUCCAACAUCUACGAUCUCACAGUGUCUGUUGUUCCCACAAACAAGAAGUGCCAGCGGGAGGACAAUCCUGACGUCGUUUUCAGGAUCGAGGAUGGCAAGUGGGCAGCUGUGGUGACAGAGAUAAAGAGGAUGCACAAGACCGGCCGGCCUGUGCUGCUGGGCACCACCAGUGUCGAAAAGAGCGAGGCACUGUCAGAGAUGCUCAAAGAGGAGGGAAUUCCACACGAGAUUCUGAAUGCAAAGCCAGAGAAUGUUGAGCGCGAGUCUGAGAUCGUGGCUCAGAGCGGCCGCAAGGGUGCAGUAACCCUGGCCACCAACAUGGCAGGUAGGGGGACAGAUAUCCUGCUGGGCGGCAACCCUGACUUCAUGGCGCGUCUGAAGCUGCGGGAGUUGCUGAUGCCUGAGGUCGUCAGCCGUGUGGAGGACAGCUCUAACGGCGACCCUAGGACAAGGAACUACCUGAAGAUGGAGUCCUGGAAGGUCUCCCCCAAGCUGUUUCCCUGCGACCUGUCUGAGGAGACCGAGGCCCUGGCAAAGGCUGCUGUGGAGGCCGCCGUGGAGGCUUGGGGCAGCAGGCAGCUGGAGCUGCUGGAGGCGGAGGAGAGGCUCUCCGUGGCAUGCGAAAAGGCACCCACCAAGGAUGCAACCCUGUCCCGCCUGAGAGAGGCGUUUCAGGCCAUGGAGCGGGAGUACAAGGCUGUCACAGAGAUCGAGAAGCAGGAGGUGAUCGCUCUGGGCGGCUUGCACGUGGUGGGUACGGAGCGCCACGAGUCACGUCGGAUCGACAACCAGCUGCGUGGGCGUGGUGGACGCCAAGGGGACCCAGGCUCGACGCGGUUCUUCCUGAGCCUCGAAGACACGCUGUUUAGGGUGUUCGGCGGAGAGAGGAUCAAGGGCUUGAUGGUGGCUUUCAACGUGGCUGACCUUCCCAUCGAGUCCAAGAUGCUGACAGAGUCUCUCAACGAGGCGCAGAAGAAAGUGGAGAGCUACUUCUUCGACAUCAGGAGGCAGCUCUUCGACUACGACAAGGUACUGAACACGCAGCGCGACCGGGUGUACGCUGAGCGGCGCCAGGGUCUCGUGGCCACCGACCUGAGCCCCCUGAUGAUCGAGUACGCCGAGCAGACGGUGGACGACAUCCUGGAGGCAAACAUCGACCCUGCUACCCCGCCCGAGGAGUGGGUGCCGCUGCUGGAGGCCCUGGCGGACAAGAUGAAGCAGUACUGCUACAUGAUGGCUGACCUGAACGGGCAGGUGCUCGCGUCCGAGUGUGAAGGCGACUACGAGAAGCUCAGAGACUACCUGAGAGCCAGGGGCGUAGAUGCCUACCAGCAGAAGUACAAGAUGAUCGAGGCCCUGAAGGAGGGCCUGAUGCAGGAGGUGGAGCGGUUCUUCGUGCUGAGCCAGAUCGACGGCACCUGGAAGGACCACCUGCAGUCCAUGAAGUUCCUGCAGCAGGCCGUGGGCCUGCGGGGCUACGCCCAGAGGGACCCCCUCACGGAGUUCAAGCUCGAGGGCUACAACCUGUUCAUGGACAUGAUGGCGCGCAAGCGGCGCAACGUCAUCUACAACGUGUACGUCUUCCAGCCCGCCAAGUUGGAGCCCGAGGGGGGGGAGGACGGGAGCGAAAAGGGUGGGGAGGAUAAGGCGCAGGAGCCCGCGUCGGAGGAGGCCACCACGGUGUGA